CAGGAAAAAAGUAGAAUACAAUUUUACUAAUUUGAAUUUUUUAGGAGUACACCUUGCCUAGAUGAAACGUUCUGGCCUUUAUCAGAGUAAGUUCAUAAUAUUUUAAUCAAAUAAUUAUAUGUAUAAAACUACCUAUAAGUAACUUACAUAUUUACCAAAUUAAUUUUAGUGACACACACACUCCAUCACAUACACAUACGUUAUGUACAGAAACCAAUGAUAAUAAUUCCAAUCUUGACUUGAAAGGUCCUCUAGUUGGUCGGCGUAUUGUAGAUAUUGCAUUUCUCAUCAAACAAAUACAAAUAAGGCAUAAAGGACCAUUUGGAUGCUCAUUUACUGACAUGGAAUUUCAAUCAGAAGUGAUACAUGGCUUUUAUUCGAUAUUUGUUUUUAAAUGUAAAGUAUGUUGUAUUGAAUCUAAAUUAUACUCGGAAAAUAUUCAACAAAAUCAGUACAUGUUAGUUAAUAAAGCUGUAGUAAAUGCUUGUCAGUCCAUAGGGAUUGGGCACACUCAACUCACGGAGUUUGCCGCAUUUAUUGAUGUACCGUCAUUAUCGUGUAGUGGGUAUGUACAACUACAAUCAAACGCAGCCAAAGCUGUGAGCGAAGUAGCAUGGGAUGAAAUUAAAAAGGCUGGAGAAGAAGAACGCAAACUUGCUAUACAACAUGGAGAUAUUGAUAUUGACGGUGUACCGAUGAUUACAGUGGUAGCUGAUGGACAAUGGUCGAAACGCAGCUAUAAAACCAAAUAUGACGCGUUAUCUGGAGUAGUAAAUAUUAUUAUUAGUAUUUAAUAAUUAUUAUACAAUUAAUGAUAUUUUAUUAUUUUUAUUAAAAUUGUUACCUAUAAGUGCUAUUAUAACCUCUUUAUGUUUGAAAUUAUGUUAUCUGUAAUCUGUACUCUCGCCCUUCGAGGGUGUAAACUAUUUACACAUAAACAGGUACAUUACAAACACCAACUAUA